AUGGGGCUCCCCGGACGCAUCCUGCUCUUCCUUUUAGGAACUGUCCUCUGCCUGCCAGGGUCCCAAGCUUUGCAAUGCUACAGCUUUGAGCACACCUACUUUGGGCCCUUCGACCUCAGCGCCAAGAGUCUUCCCAACGUGUCCUGCGCCCAGGGCUGCUCCGAGGUGCUGCUAUCACUGGACACUGGGUACCGGGCAACGGUGACCAUGGUGAGGAAAGGCUGCUGGACGGGCCCCACCACAGGCGCCAUGCAGACCAACCAGAACGCGCUGCCGCCGGACUACGCGGUGGUCCGCGGCUGCUCCACCGACUUCUGCAACGUGGACCUCAGGACCCACGACAGCCUCCCCAACCUGAGCCACGCGCCGGACCCGCCCCGGCUCAGCGGCACCGAGUGCUACGCCUGCGUGGGGGUGAACCCCGAGGACUGCGCCCCCGAAAAGUCCCGACGAGUCCAGUGUCACCAGGACCAGAGCUCCUGCUUCCAGGGCAGCGGCCGGAUGAACAUCGGCAACUUCUCGGUGCCCGUGUACAUCCGGACGUGCCACCGGCCGGCCUGCACCACCAUGGGCACCACCAGCCCCUGGACGUCCAUCGACCUCCAGGGCUCCUGCUGCCAGGGGCGUCUGUGCAACGCGGGCUCCAUGGCCCAGCCCUUCCACUCGGCCGCCCCGCCGCGGGCGCCCCACGGCCUGGCCCUGCUCCUCGCCGCCCCCGUGCUGGCCCUCGCUAUGGCGGGACCCCUGCGGCUCAUGGUUUAGACGGCUCCCCCCACACACACACCAGGGUGCUGGGGGCAGAGUCCCCCGCACCCCCUUUCUCCUCGCUUCGAUCAUCUGUUCACUGGGGGGGAGGGGAUGGUCCAGGAGUGGCCAUGACCCCCACCCCUCCCCCUCCU